AUGGAACAACUGCCGCUACCAACAAGCCUCGCAGAGGUCGAAACAUUGAUCCGCGCGCUCUACCAGCCAAACCCUCCCGAGACCAUCUCCAAGAUCCAGGAGGUCCUACAUCGGCUGCAAAGGUCUCCCGAGGGAUGGCAGCUGGCCCAGAGCUUGAUCACCCACCGCGAGGACAACAUCCGCUUCUACGCUGCUCUGACCCUUAUCAUCAAGCUCAACCGUGACAGCGCCGAUCUGAGCGAGGAUGAUGCGAAACGCCUCCUCGAGAGCAUUAUUGGCUGGGUCAUUCAGUCGCUUUCCGACGGGGCAGGCCACUUUGUGACGAAGAAGCUGUGCUCCGCCCUCGUCACGUACUUCAUGCACUUCUCCCAUCUAUGGCCUGCUUGCGUCCGCCACUUCAUCUACUGCCUUGAUCUCGGCCGCGGUGCGUCUGUUGAGAGCUUGGAUGAUGCGCUCCAAACCGAUCUUCUUGUUGGUAAGCUGGACCGUCAAAAGCUGAGGGCGGCGAUAUGGUUCGCUACCUCCUUCGUCGAGGAGGUCGGCAAGACCGACAUGACAGCGCCCAAAUUCAUCCAAGUGCACGGGCGCCUCGUCAAGAACGGCCCCGAUGUUGUCUGCCUCCUCGCGCGCGGCUUCUCUCCGCCGCCCGACAACCCGGGCCUGAAGAUCCAGGGGGAGGCCCUCGCUUGCUUCCAGCGAGCCUCCCCCAACCCGGAACUGGUGGCCCCCCUGAGGCAUUUGGUGGGCCCCGCCAUCAACUGCUUUGCCGACGCAGACCUCUUCCAAGCCACGGCCGAGUUGUUCAGCGACGUGCUCGCUAACUACUCGGCUUUCUUCACCGACGAGCACUACGACGCCCUCGCCUCGCUCUUCGAGAGCCCCUGGGCCGCCGAGCACUACCAGCGCCUCCUCCAUGGCAACCACCAAGAGGACGGCAUCUCCUUCGGCUUGUUGCUGUUGGCCUACGGAGACGCUAAAGUGCAAGAUCUCAUGCGCAGCACUGACAGUCGCUCCCAGAGGUUUCUAGAGAGUCUCAGUGGGCUCCUGGCUGCCGAUGGCUACCUUGUGGGCGAGGACACCAUCUUUGUCCCUGCCCUCGAGUUCUGGUCCACGUUUGUCGAGACCAUGAUCGACACCACGUACUCGGACGAGGAUGCAGCCCAGGCCUGGAAACCAUAUGCCGACCAGCACCUCAAAGCCGUGGUGAUGAACUGCUGGCGCAAGAUCCAGUGGCCUCCGGCCGAGGUCUUCGCUGAAUGGGACUCGACCGAGCGCGUCGCUUUCGGGGACGCGAGGAAGGAUGUCAGCGAUAUGCUUGAGUCCGUCUUCACCCUCGAGGGAUUCAGUCUUGUUUCUUUCUUUACCGGCCUCUUCCUCCAAGGCCUUGCUGCACGGUCGUGGCCCGAGCUCGAAGCCUCGGCUUUCUGUCUCAGCGCUCUGUCCGACUGCAUCUCGGACGACGCCCGGUAUGAUGCCGAGCUAAGCAAGGUCUUCGCCUCUCCUUUCUUUGACCUCUUGGGUCAGGCUCACGGCCCGAUCCCGCUGCGGCUCCGCCAGACAGGGCUGGGUCUAAUCGAGCGGUACUGCGAGUACUUUGAGCGCAACGCCCAGUACCUUCCGAAUGCUCUCAAUUUGCUCUUCGGCGCCUUGGGCGACUCCGUUCUUGGAGGGCCGUCGGCGCGCUCCAUCUCCACGCUCUGCUCUUCCUGUCGCUCGAUCCUCACCGGCGAGGCCGGCGCGUUCAUCAGACAUUACCAGACUAUCCGCAGCAGCCAGGUGCUCGAGUCGCUGGCCGAGGAGCGGAUUGUGCUAUCCAUAUCCUCCAUCAUCCAGGCCAUUAAGGAUGAAGAACAGAGGUUGCACACGUUCGAAGAGCUUUAUAGCUUUCUGAAGAAAGAUUUUGAGCUCGCGGUGCAGCUCAAGGCAAAUCCCAAUCUCCUUAACCUUCGACAUCCCGAUUUUCUGAGAGGACUUGACCCCCCGAACCCGCAAGCCAUUCCACCUCCUGAUGAUAUCGCGCUGCAAGUGGCGCUGAGAUCCAUGAGAUGCCUCGCCAGCAUGGCUAAGGGUAUGCAGGAUGUCAAGGAGCAUCCCAUCGACCUGGAGGGCGACGCGCAGACCCAGCAAGCAAACAGCAGGCUCGCCGCCCUGCAGGAGAACAUCAUGCGGGUCCUGGUUGAAGUCCAGGGUGUUUUCAGCACCAGCGGCGAGGUCGUCGAGAUCAUCUGCAACAUUUUCCGCGCCGGCUUCUCUGAGACGGAGCCCGGGCCAUUCGUGUUCCCGCCGGACGCCGUCACAAAUUACUUUGUCCAGCAGCGGUUCGAGACGCCGCGGAUCGGCACGCUGCUGAGCACGGCCUGCUCGUUCAUCGGGUCUCUCUAUCGGGGCCCCAAGGCCUUCGUGCCUGCGCAGCUAGCGAGGCUCGUGCCGUGGGUCAUCUCCAUCCUGCAGGCGCUGCCCGAACCCGAGGCCGACACGGAGAUUACGCUCAACGGCAUCUCGUUUGUCGACAAGGUCAUGGUCAAGUCCCCCGAAGUACUAUUCCACCCGCAUCACGCCAGCCUGCUCGAGUUCUUUUUCCUCUUCUCCCUCAAGGUUCUUGAGGGGAAGGAGCCCCUGCCGAAGGGCGCCGCAGCCGAGUUCUGGGCGAACUUCCUCUCCCUCAAACCUCCUCCCGUCCCGUCCGCCUCCACCGACCCAGCAGCCCCCGCCGCGCUGCAGCAGACCCUCGCCGCCGCUACCGCGCACCUCGGCCCGCUGCUCGCCCGCUCGCUGGUCCGCAAUCUCGCCGGCGGCGCCGCCCGCUCCGAGCUCGACCGGCUGUGCGAGCCGCUCAAGAGGCUGGUCACGACCCAGGUCGACGCCCAGCGCUGGCUGCAGGCCGCGCUGAUGGAUGAUGCCGUCGUCGGCGGUGCUGCCGGUGCUGCUGGCGCUGAUGGGGGCGGUGGGGGUGGAGGGGAUGAUGGCAGGGUGAGGGUCGGGGUGGAGGAGAGGGCGGCGUUUUUGAGGAGGGUUAUUGCGUAA